AUGCUAGAUGAUACUUCAAGCAUCGAGAUUUUCCUGUCACGCCAUUUGCCACAGAAACGGGCAUUGAGAGCCGGGCAGGGCAAACCCAUUGCGUCACGCCUACCACCGUCCCUCCGCCGCAACAGCAACAACAACCGCCCUCCCCUCCCCACCCCACCACCACCACCACCAUCCUUCCGACUCCUCUCGCGCGGCCACUCCUUCCUGAAGAGAAGACUCUCGUCCUCCCCCUACAGCCGCCUCUGGACCCUCCUGCUCGGCCCGCACUCCCUCCGCCGCGCCCAGCUCCGCCUCUGGACUCUCCGCCACGAAACCCUCCCCGCGCUGCGCCAUCGCGCUCAGGCUCGCAUCUACCGCGCGAUCGUCCGGCGACAGCAGGCACGGGCGCUAAGGCGGUUACAACGACGACGGCCACGACUCGGCGGGUUUCUGCGCGGUUUCGGUGGUGGUAGUAAGAGCAGUGGUGGUGGAGUGCUGGGGUAUUUGUUGGGACGCGGAAGGCGGUUUAGAUUUGGGUUGUUGGAUCAUCCCAGGGUUGCUGCUGGAAGGGGCUCUGGGAGUGGCAGCGGGAGUGCUUCAAGGAAAGGGAUAGGGGAGGGAGCGUCAGUAUCGGCGGCGGCAACCACGACAACCCCCAUGUCGCAGUACGAGUCUUCCACUUCCUCUUCGGGAGCCUGGCAAGGAACCCGCCGCAAGAAGGUCUACGAUUAUCUCAAGGCGGCGAACGAGCUGCGGCAGACGUAUGCGGCGCAGUGGGCGGCGCAGCUGAAUGGGCAGCAGCGCGGGUAUAAUGAUGAGUAUUUCGCGGGGGAUGCGCCGGGUGCGUUUCCAGAUGUGGAGAUUGCGCGCUCGGGGCUGGAGGAGAUGGUUAUCUUUCCGAGUUACGGAAGGCGGAUUGUGAGGAAUCGCUCUCGGCAGGAGGAUCGAGAGGAUGCGUUGCCGGGGGCAAGGAGGGGUUCGAAUGCGACGAUUGACGAGUAUCGGGGUCUUUCCGAUAGAUCGGAUACCAAGGCGCAAACGGUGGCUGGGUUGGAUGAUUAUGAGGAUAAGAAUGCCGUCGUUACAGUGGAUGUGCGUGGGUGGUUGUAUGCGCCUCAUCGCGGGCCGAUGACGCGGAAGCAUCGCUUGAUGAUUGCGUUGGCGAGGAAGUUGAGUGGCGUCCCUGCUCCAGCGAACAAUACGGGUGGCAGUGGGGAUGACGUCGGGGGUGUGCAGCAGAAGACUGACCGUCGGGAGGAUGAACUGGUCGAUACGGAGGCGCAGUCCAUCAUCAAGGGGGCAGAGGGCCGCGCGGAUCCGGCUUGGAAGGAGAGUGCGCUGGAGGAGAGAGGCGAUAAUCCGGACCUCCCUGGACGUCCACUGCAGCGGACUGGGACCUCGUCGAGUGUGGCUACCACCGCGACGACGCAGAUGACCAAGGAUGAGCUUUCGAUGGCCAACGCGCAUUUGAUGGAGCGGUUGCGCCCGUUCCUCACUAACCCGGUCACGGAUAUGCCGGUGACGGUGUUCUUCUUCGAUGAGAACAGGAGCCAGUCGCGGAGUAUCAUGACGAAUGUAUCCGGCCACUUCAACAUGCGGGCCGCGCUGCCCUUUGUCCCAACCCACAUCCGCGUCCUCGCCUCGGAAAACCUGUCUGUUGUGAAGGAGGUGCAGAUCAUCGAGCCAUCCGGCGUCAGCUUGAUUAGUGACAUCGACGACACGGUCAAACACUCGGCGAUCGCCAGCGGUGCCAAGGAGAUCUUCCGGAAUACCUUCAUCCGCGAACUGGCCGACUUGACGAUCGAGGGCGUGGCGGACUGGUACAAUCAGCUGGUCAAGAUGGGCGUGGAGAUUCAUUAUGUCUCAAACGCCCCGUGGCAGCUCUACCCCCUUUUGGAGCGGUACUUCAAGCAGGUUGGCUUACCACCGGGGUCAAUCCACCUCAAGCAGUACAGUGGGAUGCUGCAGGGUAUCUUCGAGCCUACGGCGGAGCGCAAGAAGGGCAACCUCGAGCAGAUCUUGAAGGACUUUCCCUCGCGGAAGUUCAUCCUUGUUGGCGAUAGCGGCGAGGCAGAUCUCGAGGUCUAUACCGAUAUCGUCCUGGCCAACCCGGGCAGAAUCCUGGGGAUCUUUAUCCGCGACGUCACCACUCCCAAGAAGAAGGAGUUCUUUGAGAAGUCUGUCGACUACCUGGAACACAAGCCCUCCCGGACCCGCAGCGAUCCUCAGCUUGUUGACGAGUCUGAUUUGGCCGGCAACCGGCCGGCGCUCCCGCCUCGCCGACCUCUUGCGCCGCCCCACCCGUCUUCAGAUGCUAUCAGCUUGGACAAUGGGGAUCUGAUUGAUUUGCGUGAUAAUGAUGAGCGGGAGGCUUCGCUCCGGGAGAGUAAGACACCCUCGGUGUCUCCCGCCGGACGGACCCCCCCGGCGAAACCGUCGAAGCCUUCUUCGCUGCGCUCGAAUUCGACGAACCCUGAUACGUCGGUGGGUGGAUUGAUCAAACGGAAGCCCGUCCCACCACUCCCACCGCGCCGAGCAUCUACCAAACCCGAGGUCUCGCCGGAUCGGAAUGUUGGGGCUGCAGACAGCAGCACGGUGCAGCAAUUGCCUACGCGACCGAAGACAGCCGGCGUCGACCAAGACCCCGACGAUGCCAGAUCCGCACGUUCGAGGCAGCCUGCUCCACCCCCGCCCCCACCCCGUCGAGCCAACACGGCAGCAUCAGUCGCAAGCUCCGCCUCCUCGCAGCAACCCAGCCGGCCCACCUCUCAGGAACAACAGCAGCAAUCCUACCCGGCUGCAGCCGCCUCCGCAGCGUUACAAUAUGCCUCCGAGCGCCUCAACUGGUCCGCCUCUCCAUCCAGCAUCCUCCGCACCACCCAGUCGAACUCCUCGCUCAGUCGGACCAACACCGGUGCCCUGGAUCGAAGCGGGGGAGGAUCUGAGAACGCAUACCCGCCCCCGCCGGCCGCCCCGCUGCCCAACAAGCGAGAGGAGAUGUGGCGGCGGCGGUGGGAGCGCGCGCAGGAGCUGCUCGAGCCCCAAGGUGUGGUGUUGGGGAGCUGGCGCGUGGGUCGCGAUGCGCAGGAUGUAAGUGUGUGGUUGGUGCAGGAGGCCAUGAAGGAGACCGGGGGGAAGCAGGGUUGA